GUGGAGGAAGCUAAACAGGAAUUACAGGAGGUUGUUGAAUUCUUGAAAAAUCCACAAAAAUUUACUGUGCUUGGAGGUAAACUUCCAAAAGAAAUGGAAUUGCAUGACAGGAAAGUGAUGGUUCCUAUUGAGAAUACUAGUCUGGAGACCUUUAAACCCAAUGAAGGAGUUAUCAUAAUAGGAGCCACAAACUUCCCAGAGGCAUUAGAUAAUGCCUUAAUACAUCCUGGUCGUUUUGGCAUGCAAGUUACAUUUCCAAGACCAGAUGUAAAAGGUCGAACAGAAAUUUUGAAAUGGUAUCUCAAUAAAAUAAAGUUUGAUCAGUCUGUGGACCCAGAAAUUAUAGCUCGAGGUACUGUUGGCUUUUCUGGAGCAGAGUUGGGGAAUCUUGUGAACCAGGCUGCAUUAAAGGCAGCUAUUGAUGGAAAGGAAAUGGUUACCAUGAAGGAACCAGAGUUUUCCAAAGAUAAAAUUCUAAUGGGGCCUGAACGAAGAAGUGUGUAAAUUGACAAUAAAAACAAAACCAUCACAGCAUAUCAUGAAUCCGGUCAUGCUAUUAUUGCAUAUUACACUAAGGACGCAAUGCCUAUCAACAAAGCUACAAUCAUGCCAAGAGGGCCAACACUUGGACAUGUGUCCCUCUUGCCUGAGAAUGACAGAUGGAACGAAACUAGAGCUCAGCUGCUUGCGCAGAUGGAUGUUAGCAUGGGAGGAAGAGUGGCUGAGGAGCUUAUUUUUGGAACUGACCAUAUCACAACAGGUGCUUCCAGUGAUUUUGAUAAUGCAACCAAAAUUGCAAAGCGGAUGGUUACCAAAUUUGGAAUGAGUGAGAAGCUUGGAGUUAUGACCUACAGUGAUACUGGGAAACUGAGUCCAGAAACUCAAUCUGCUAUUGAACAAGAAAUUAGAAUCCUUCUAAGGGACUCAUAUGAACGAGCAAAACAUAUCUUGAAGACUCAUGCAAAAGAGCGUAAGAAUCUAGCAGAAGCUUUACUAACCUAUGAGACUUUGGAUGCCAAAGAGAUGCAAAUUGUUCUUGAGGGAAAGAAAUUGGAAGUGAGAUGAUAACUCUUAAAAUGGAUGCAUUGCUGGUUUUGCUGCAGGAAUAUAUAAGUAGCAUUUCGGUAGUCUCCUUUUGCGAUGCUUUUCUCCCAUUCUUGCCUUGGUAUCACUCAAGAGUGUGAAACACUUUGUCUCUCUUUUGUCACAUUUAAUCUAAUUCUGGUUAUUCUCAUGAUGAUACCUAUGGCAAAUUAUCAGCCCAUAGCAAAUAUGUUAAAGAAAAUAAAGAACUAUUAGGAUUGGAAGCAGCUUGUUUGAGAAACGUUAAUCAGUUAUUCAGUUGAAAAUAAGUAAUGAUUUUAUGGUUGGUUCCUCUACUAGAUGUGAAUAAAAAUUGUGCCUUUAGCUCUUGGGAAGUACUUUUACUUGGCAACGUAAAAUCAUCGAAGGAUUAUCUUUGUUUUUCGAUAGUACCAUUUAUUGUUGAUGAAGAAAUGCUGCCAUUUGGCCCCAGUGAAGCACAUUUCUGUAUAGGUCAGUGGAAACGUCAUUAAGAUGCACUUAAUUAUUGUUCUCCCGAUUGUCCACAUAUAAAAUAGUUCUGUUUUUGUCUAUCUAAGAGAGAAUUGUAAAUGUACAGAUUUAAUCAGAAUUUAAAUGAUUACAACCUUUUAGAAAUGCAGCUUGCAUUUUCAUGGUCUUUUUUUUUUUUUUUUUAAAACAUCAUCAUUCUUACUAAUGAAAUUUAUUUCAGAGCAGCAAAUAUUUUGUUAAAUAAAAAGUGAGUCACUUCAAAAUCUGAAUAACUAUAUAAUUAUGCUUGGUAUUAAAAGAAAGAUUAACCCCAAAUCUCAGUCCUUUCAAAGUGAACUUUGAAUUACCCUCCUGGUUAUGGAAAGUCAUGUUUGCUUUUCAUUCAGAUUUUGUGAAUAUGAACAUGUUGUUAUGGGAUUUACAGAUGACUUUAUUUAACUGAAUAGAGAAUUAUUUUAGAGCUCAUUGUAUUGGCUUUCCAACCAGAUUAUAUUCUUGAAGUGAUUUUAUUAAAAUUACCUACAGUUUUCUAAUAA